GGGAUUUUGCUUUUCGGCAGGGGUAGAACGUGAAUCGUUGGCAGAAUGCCGACAAUUCCAGAGGCCGAAGCUGUCUGUCGCAUUGCUUUGCGCUUUGGUGUCUAUUCCAGCGGAGUGAACAGACAUCACCUCCGAAGUGCAUGGCGUGCGGUACGCCUUUCUCCAUCUCUCCGGCAUUUUACGAUUUUUCAACCAAAUUUUCAAUGAGGAUUGCUUCUUCCGUUUCCGCUGUUACUAUCUAGUGUCGAUAAUAUCCCAUGCCUCUUGUCAGUGUCAAAUGAAAUGAGGCAAAUUACGCCGGCUAGGUCCGAAAAUAAAUCUGCAUCUGCCACCAACGACGCCGCUGCUGCUGCAGAACCGCCUCCGUUACCGACAACUCAACCGCCGCCCUUGGAAGACGAAUACGAAGAAAUUGAAUACGGAACGGGUGGCCAUAAAGCCACAUUCUCCGUAAAAUUUGGGGGGAAAAUGGAGACAAAGAAAGGCGAUGGACGUCACUGCGAACUUUGUGGAUCUUCGAGUCCUCAAGUCCGGUGUGAAAAAUGUCUCAACCAAAUCUUUUGUUUGUCGUGCGAUGACAUGUAUCAUCGGCACCCAAAACGCAUGAAUCACACUAGAAAAGCCCUGGAUUGCAUAGUUCCUUCAGUAAGGCCACCUCUGCCGCCGAAAAGUACUGACCAUUCUGUACCUCCUCCGCUACCCCCACCACGUAACAAAGGGAAGAAAGGCCCAUUUUCUACACCGUUGCUUAGCCGGAAAGAUUUUUCGACAUCACGCUUAAAUGUGUUUACCACUCCUCUUCUGGGCCGAAAAAGCGGAGGAUCAAAUUCACAAAAUCAACAGUCUCCAAUGUCUCCGUCCUUACCUCGUAAGGAAUCUUUUAUGGAGAAAAUGGGAUCACUCAAGCGCUUUAUGGGAUCUAGACCUCUUCCUUCUGCGCCUGAUAGUAAACCUUCAGUGCCUCCUAUUCCGCCGCCCAAAGAGGCGUCGCCCGUUCAAUUACCACACAAAUUUCCGCCGACAGGAAUUCUUAAAAAACCAGCCUACGGUCCUCCGCCUUCCCCAUCAUCAUCGUUGCCCUUCGAGCCUCCUAGACUUUCGCAAACGAUGCCUAGAAAAAUGGCAGCCCCCUCUCCGGAUCUCAAAAUGUCGCAGUCAGUUGAUACACGUCAACAUCAACAAUAUCGACCAAUGCCUUCUUCACAAAGCAACAGCGGAAGCUUUGUCAGUUUGAACGAAGCCGCGCAAAUGAACUAUCCCGAUUGGGAAGAAGAAAGGUUGAAUCCACGUCACCGAUCCAGCAGCAUUGCUGGGGUUUCAGCUGACUGGGGCGCUCAUCCGGGUUAUCCCCGACCUGGACAUCAUCAACCCCCAGUUCAACAUCCCGGCUAUCCUCCUCCUUCUCGAAGGCCUGGUGGAUCCUCUGCUAUAAACAGUUCAUCCGCAUGGGAUCUUUCAUCUGGACCUUCACAAGGCUUCCCACCAAUGACUCCAACCAGAGGGAAUCCAAUGCAGCAGGCUCAUUCAAUGGCUCAGUUGAAUUGGCGACCGGGGAUGUGGCCUCCUGGAGGAUCUGAAUUUGGUUGGGAUUUUCAAAAUCCCUUGUUAGCGCACGUAGGGAUUGUAGAUUCUCCGAUGAAACGAACACCCAGCAAUUUGAGUAUGUCUUCGGCUGCUGCCGAAGCGCCGCACGGAAUGUGGCCACAACAACAUAUGAUCCACCCAAUGAUGUACCCACACUUUCACCCGUCUAUGAUGUACCUAACUGGUAGCCAAAGUCAUCUGAUGGGUGGUCAGCCUGGCCCUAUGAUGAUGAUGGCUUCCGGACAACAACCGUACGAUCAGAGGCCACCAUCGCCCGCAUCCAGCCAAAGAUCACGGCGCUCUCAGAAAUCACAGCGGUCAACACAGCGAUCAUCGCAGAAACAGAGUCGCCAUGUUGGCUCCAACUCCAAAUCUGGACGUUGGUCGGAUUCGGAAGAUUUCUCCGGCGACAGUGAUGAUUCGCUGCGUGAUAGACCUACAUCCCCACGAAAAUCGUCUGUCUCUGGCCGUAGUAGUAAAAACAAAGACUACGGGUCUGUCAAUCUUUCCUCUGGUGUUCGACCUCGAAGUCCUAAAGUCACAAUACCAACAUCUACUGAAGCUGAACAGGACUGGGAGUGCACUCAUUGCACGUAUCAGAAUAAAGCCGAAACUCGAAUAUGCGCAGUUUGUUGCAGAACGUCUGACCAUCACCAACAGUCUGAGCAACAGGUAGGCGAUGAUGAGGAGCUUCCUGUCGUCAUGUCGAACUUGACAUUCAACAUUAAAGAAGACCGUGUUCGGGAACCUGUACCGGUACAACUAAAAAGCGAGCAGGUGAUUACUAAAGAUAAAUCACCCAACAGAUCCAAUGACAGCCGUCGAGGUUCAAUGAAGUAUGAUAAUGUGAACAAACAUUACGAAGAUGUCAACGACAUGUUGAAACGAUUGCAAGUGCGAAAAGAGGAUCCGAAACAAAACGUUCCCCAACAACUUCCUCAAGAGCCCAUUGAACAAUUUCCUCGACAGCCGUCUCCCCCGUUCCCCCAACACUUCCAUGAGCAGUUCCAUCAACAGGUUCCUCAACAAUACCCCCAACAGUUCUCUACACAGCCCCCACAACAGCAUCAAAAUUCAUUGCUGGAUGAAAUCGAUGCAGUAGAGGAUGACGAUGAAGAAGAAGAAGAACGUUACAUCGAAAUGGAGGAGAAAGAACCUCUUUAUGAACGUGUCCAGUUUCCUCCUGCUUCUUCAACUAGCGUUGCUUCUACUAACAACCCAGACGAAGCCCAAGGUAAGAACCAGUCAAAAUCCAGUGAUCAGAGGUCUGGAAGGGAGUCCAUCUCCAAGAGUCCAUCAGUCGAGAAAAAUCCGAAAACGUAUCAGAAAAAUGAAACCGCAAUUUCCAAAGAAAACCUAAAAGCCGAAAGCCAGUCUGUUAGUCCUAAUCUAGCCGAACCUAACAAGAGAAAAAACAAUCAAGAAAAAGGAGAAACAAAAGUUACAGCAAGUACAACACCAUCUCAAGGGUUGGCGGCUUUAAAGAGCCUUAUAGCAAAAGCGGCCGCAGGCACGUUGAGUUCCAAGAGCUCAUUGACUAAAACUCAGGAUGAAACUACUACGAAAAUGGAAAAGAAAGUCGAAAAUGUUGAAUCAUCUUCUCAGAAAAUUCGUAGCAGUGAUCAGACUAAAAGUACGCCAUCGUCUUCAAAAAUUGUAGUGUCUUCUGUUCUAAAGCCUAGCAAAGCAACCGUAUCCACAUCGACUUCUACCUGUACGUCAACUGCCACUGAACCAGCAGAGGAUGUUGGUCAAGAAAAUGACUAUUGGUUGGAAGAAAAGUUAAAAAUGCAAAACACAGCUGCAUACCAAUCGUUUCAAAAAGGUGCGCUCCUAAAGAAAAACUUAACUUCCAAAGGGACUUCUCCGCCACCACAAACCAUAUCGACUCAGACAUACGAAGCUGUGGAUCCCAUUAGAGAAAUAGCCAAAAUCCAAGAAAUUCCUGCUCCCAAACUGAAGCGCACGUUGUCUCUAAACAUGGGAACUCGAGACCAAGUCCAAGAACCUCUCCCUGGCCGACAUAAUUUCAUGAGCCGUAGGUUUCAGCAUAAAAACAAUCCAGAUAAUCGCAGAAAUUACACAGGUUCUACGCAGAGCUUGCACCAGAUACUCCGUGACGAAAGUCCACCUCCACGAUCGGCCAGUGGAACAUUCUCUGAUCGCAGUUUAUCUCAAGAAUCGAUGGAAAUGAUGGAAGAGUCUGACGAGCCAUAUCGUAUGAGUAAAAGUGGCCGGAACAAAAACAAUAGAUCUAUGAAAGACCUUGCGAUGGAAAGGCCAUCUUUCCACAAGCGCAACUACGAGUCGGAUUAUGAUGAACGUCGAUAUUCAAAUACAAGCACUAGCCGCUAUCGGCCUGAUUAUCGUCCUCUUGGCAGAGAAAGACAUCCACCUCAUGUAACUCCAGCACUGGAGAGUCGUCGUCGGAUGUUUGAACGUGAACAGCAAAGCAGUCGAAGAUGGGAACCGGAAUAUUCAGACUCCUACAGUGACGUUGACUUCAAACGGCAAUAUUCUAAUGAUACGUCACGUGAUCGUGGUAGAGAGAGAGAAAGGGAGCGUGUCACGGAAUAUAGAAGAUUAUUUCAGCCACCAAGUCCUGGUCCCGAAGAUUUUAGACUUAAGAAGCCAUCCAUGAGACGUCAAGAUAGCAACACCAGCAAAAGCAGCCAGGAUUCUUCAUUCAACAGACACUACCCGGAAGGCUUGUUUGAUACAUAUCGAUCUAGAUUUGAGGGACGAUCGGGAAGGGGAACAUCAUCUGAAAAGUCCGCUCCGAGUAGCCGUGGAGGUUCCGUGUCAAGUUCGGAACCUCUUCCUUUGCUUGAAUCCAGACGCACUUUAGCUGGCCAGCUAAAACCCUUGGAUUAUCGAAGUGGUGCACCGGAAGACAGUAUGCCUAAGCGGCGAACGAAGCCUAUAUUGCAAAAACCCAUUCAAGAACAAACUCCAGUGGUAAAACUGGAUGCACUUAUCAGGGAGGCAAAAGAAUUAGGGUUUGAGGCUGAGCAUUUGCAAAUUGCUUUAUCACUUUGCGGGGACAGCCAACCUGUUAACUGGCUCAGAGACAAUUGGCUGAACAUGAUUGAUACGGUUGUCACGCUGGCCACCAAUUACGGACACGAAAGACCCGACAAUAAUAUUGGUACUCUAACGCGUGAAGAGGCCAUCCGUGCAGUAUUGAAAAACCAAGGCAACAUUUGGAAUUCCGUGACCGAAUGCGUCGAAGAGCGUCAAAGAAAAUUCAACGAUUUGCUGAUCCGUGGUAAGGGCGAAUUUGAUCGUCAGGAUAUAAUCACUGCUUUGACGGCCAGCGCCGGAAACACUGACAUCGCGUAUGCCGAGCUGUGUAGGCCACCACCUCCACCUCUUCCUAGCACCAGCCCACCGACUCCUUUUCAUGAACGAUCAGAUUCUUCAUCAUCUCCAAUUCCCUUUGCCGAUGAUUCUUCCGAUUCUGAACUGGAGGAAGAAUUACCUGCUGCACGUGGUCCCAUUACUACUGCCAUCAAGCAGCCCAACAAUACUAGAAGCGUAGAAAAUUUGCUAUACUUCCAGGCUGCUCAAGACCACGAGGAAGACGAUGUCUACCAAGACAUAUCAGAUCCUGAUGAUGAUGCUAUGGCAGUCGUUCCUGCCAAAAGUGUGUCAGAAAAUGAUAACGAAGUGGAAUUGUUUUCAACGGCUGAAAGUAGCCAAAAUGAUGUUACUGAAAUCGACGGCAUUGAAGUGGCAGACACACAAGAGGAAAUUAUGGACGAAGAAAUGAGAGAUGUCAUGGAAAAAUUGGAUCAAGACUUACACAGGAUCACACAAAUGUCGGAUGAAAUCGAAAGGGCUAUAGCUGUUAGCGAGUCGCAUUCACCGGCCUCAAUGCAUGAAGAAGAUCAAACUGAGUUAAUGAAUGAAGACAUCGCAGUGAAUCUCUCCAACGCAGAAUUGGAAAUCGAAGCUAAUGAGCCAACUAUUGCAGAUGUUCCUGAAGAUAACGGAACGGAGACGCUUAACGUUGAUGUCGCAGAAAUUGAAGAAGAAUCCGCAAUAGAAGAAGCCAUCGACGUAGCAGAAGAAGCUACUGAUGAAGUCUUAAUACAAGAACAGAGUGAAGCAGAAAAUCAAAGCAAAAUUGACCAAGAAUUGCUGGAUCAGGCAGAAGAGUUGCCGGAACAGACAGAAGAGUUGCCGGCACAGACAGAAGAAUUACCGGAUCAAUCGGAAGAGAUAUCGAACCAACCAGAAGAGAUACCGAACCAACCAGAAGAGUUACCUGAUCAAUCGGAACAAAUUUAUGAAGAGUACGAAAAAACAAACGUACCAGUGAGUGACAUUUCUGCUAUGGUACCGAUGGCAGUCGAAGAAGAUGACGAAUUCAACAACAUAGAUUACAUUGAUGAUGACGAAUACGAAGACGAAUAUGAGGAGGAAUACGAAGAAGAUGUUCCAGGUGCCAUCAGUGACGAACACGGAUCCGCAGAGGAUGUCGAACGGCCUUUUAGCGCCGAUGUUUUCGAGCGACACGUACAAAAGGUUAUCGAAGAAGAUUUUCCCGAUACCAAGGACGCUAAAGCACCAGCUGUUCAAAUAAUCUCAUCCAAACUGAAUCAAGUAAUGAGCAGAGAAGUAGCUGCAACCAAGAGCACACCUGAAGUUGCCCUUGCACCGUACGAGCGCAAGGUCCGCCAAUUGCUGGCCGAAGGGAAGGCCGUGUCUUACGAAAAAGCUGAACUUGCUGCCAGACUAAUGGAUCUCAAGUUCAACGAGGACGAAUCGAUUUAUGCAGCAAACGAAUGCAGUUCCCUUUACAUGGCCAUAUCUUACUUACAGCAAGAUUGCGAACUCUGCGCCAAUAAAUACGGCGUCAAAGAGAUGGUUUCUAUGCUUCAUUGCACACAUCGCUGUUGUCGAGGAUGUGCCGAAACUUACUUUUCUACACAAAUUCGCGAUCGAACGAUAGUAGAUGCAGUGUGUCCAUUUUGUUCAGAACCCUCUAAACUUGCCGAGGAUGAUGAGUUGGCAAUGGACUAUUUCACUCAUCUGGAUAUUUUGCUGAAGGGAAUUUUACCACCCAAUAUUCAUGAGCUUUUUCAGCGAAAAUUGCGCGAUCGUACUCUAGCCAAGGACCCAAAUUUCAAAUGGUGCAACAAGUGUUCUUCUGGUUUCAUCGCAAAUCCACGUCAAAAGCGACUUAUAUGCCCAGAUUGCCGAGCCGUGACGUGCGCAACUUGCCGUAAACCGUGGGAGAAACAACACGAAGGUUUGUCAUGCGAAAAAUUUUCCGAAUGGAAAGAAGCCAACGAUCCAGAGUAUCAAGCAGAAGGUCUGGCCAAACAUUUGGCCGAGAACGGAAUCCGUUGUCCACAAUGUCGUUUUCAGUUCUCAUUAACCCGUGGAGGAUGCAUGCAUUUUACGUGCACGCAAUGCAAAUACGAAUUUUGUUCCGGAUGUGGUCGUCAGUUCCUGAUGGGGGCUCGUUGUGAAGUUGGGCCGUUCUGCGCCAAAUUAGGACUGCACGCGCAUCACCCUCGCCAUUGUCUUUUUUAUCUGCGGGACAAAGAGCCGCGAGAUCUCCAACGACUUUUAACGGAACAUGGGGUUCCAUUCAUGACAGAGCCUCACGAUUCAACGGUAAACCCUAAACAAUGCGCUGUUCAACUCCAAAAAGAAACAUCCGAAGGACUGGUUGAUGACGUUUGUUCCAAUGAAGUUAAAGAGGGACAGGCCGGCCUUUGCAAGCUCCAUUAUGUGGAAUACCUUGCGGCUUUGAUUACGAAAAACGAAGUGGAUCCCUUGGAUAUCUUCAGCUCUGACGAGCUGGAGACGCUAAUCAAAACAGCCAGCAUUCGACUCCCGCCCCGGUCGCUCCCACCAAACGCGCCUCUCGUGGCAUAUCGCCGUAGACUUCUUGAGGUGAUUGAAGAGAAGUUGCCACUUCAUUGAAGCAAUAGAAACCGCCUCUUGGUCGUCACCAUUUGGAAACUAACCGCGGAAUUUUCUUGGACGAAUGAACCAACACGUCUGGUUACAUUUUAUUUUACUGCCAUAAAUUCUUUUCCCCCAGAAACAACAGCAGCCGAGUGGCCAGUUUUAUUUGGCUAUGUUACGAUCUUGUCACACAAUGCCCCCUUUCAACCGAACAGUAUACGUGAGCGACGUCAUCGUCAUCAUAAAUGCAAUAAAACUAUGCUGGUUAUAAUGUAUCCAAUAAAAGUCCUAGAUCAAGGACGUCCGCUUACUAA